UCGCCGUACGGCGGGGCUGCUGCGCGGCAGUUGGUUUCCGGCGGGGACCGGCGAUGGCGUCCGGGUUUGAGAGCGAACGGAGCUUGGCGGCGCGCAAGGAGCAGCGGCAGCGGCAGCGGGAGGUUCUGCUGGCGCAGGCCAAAUUUAGUUAUGAAAAGGAGCAGAAGCGCAAUCUGCUAAAGCAUCUACGAGGUGAAGAUACGUGGAUGCUUGCUGAUGUGAAUGAACGUGUGGAACAACUGGAAAAGGAACAUUCUGUGCAGAAAAAAAAGAAAAAGGAUAAGCAUUCAAAAAAAGCUAAGAAAGAAAAGAAGAAGAGUAAGAAACAAAAAUCUGAAAAGAAGGAUGAUUUACUUGAUAGUUCUUCGGAUUCUUCAGUUGAAUGGGUUGAGUCAAAUGCAUCACAGUCAGAUAACACAGAAAAGGCUUGGAAGGUCAACAAGCAAUCAGACGCUGUGAAAGAACCCUCACUGCAGAGAGAAGAAUGGAUGAAUUUAGACUUCAUGUCAUUGAAAACCACACCAGUAGCGGCUGUCAGAGGUGAAAGGCACAAAGAAAAAAUAUUGGAACGACAGAAAGCUCAAGAACUUGAGCAGGCCAUGCUAUCUGAAAGAGAACUCAAUCCCUAUUGGAAAGAUGGUGGUACAGGUUUGCCACCAGAGAAGGAUGAAGCAGCUUCAGUUAAGAAAGUUACAGUGGUUGAAGAUGCUGGAUUAAGUUGGUUACGAAAAUCAUACCAAAGGAUGAAAGAGCAGGCUGAGAGAGAGAAACGAAAUUUUGAGGAAAUUGUGGCUGAGAGAUAUGGGUCAAUGGAGGUAUUUCAGUCACGAUUAGAAGAAGCUGAAAAAGUUGCAUCCAGAAAGGAAAAUUACCAUAGAGGUGGUGGAAGAUGGAAGAAAACUGACUAUUUAGAAAAUGAGAAAGAGAAGAAAGAACACCAUAUGAGGAAGGAGACACGAGAUGAAGAUAACAGGAACAUGUCUGGGGGCUAUACUAGGGAAAAGUAUGGCAAGGGAUGGGCACAAGAAGACAAAGGUUACAGAAGAGAUAUAUCAAGAGAAGACCAAGAAUAUGGACACAGUAGCACAGACUCAAUAUUGAGAGGCUGCAGCUCCAAAACAGAAAAAUACUCUGAUGAAAAACAAAGCCAGGAAAAGAGUUCAUCUCUAAGCAACAUGAAACACAAAUUUCUGAAACCCUCUGAAGAUGAUUUAUCCUCUUACAGUGCACCUAGAGACUACAAGUCACAGCAGUCCUCUUCCAAACUGCCGGUUCAUAGUUCUUUGGGCAGCCGUUUCCAAAAACCUAGUGAGGAUACUGCACUGUGGACCAAAACACACACAGGAGAUAAAAAUGAGAAAUUAACAUCUGAUCAAAAAUCAUCAGGUACUAGGGAACAAACUGAUGACAAUAGUUGGGAAAGAACUCGAAGUGAUGAAAAAGAGGAGUCGCGACAGGACUACCCAAGUGAUAUAUCUGCGAAGAAACAAAUGUUACCCGAUAGUAAAACAUCAUGUUUUAGAUACACAUCAAAGGAUGAGCUGCCUCAGGUUCUUAGUGAAGAGGAGAUGAACAGACUGGGAGCAAGGAUUGUGAAAGCAGAACUCAUGGGCGACAUGGAGUUAGCUUCAAAACUUCAAGCAGAACUUGAGAACGCUCGCAAACUGAGAGAGACUCAAGGGCAGAUUCCAGCAAAGUCUGGCAGAGAGGCUUCAAGCUGUCGAGAAGCUGAACAAGUGGUCCUUGUCAGAACAGAUCAAAGUGGAAGGGCAUGGCCUGUGACUGCAUCGGCUGAACCACAGGAGCCAAAAGGAGGACGACGAAAGCGACAGAUGGUCCCUACUCAUGUAGAUAAAGAACGAGUAAGGUAUUUUCAGGAUGAUGAUAGUAUGAACCUGAAGGAUUUGGUCAAAAAUGAGAAGAUGAGAACAGCAGAGGAUCAAAACUCACUGUUCAUGCGUAUGGCAUCAAAGCUCAUGGAAAAAACUGACAGAGAGUACUACACUCUGGAUGACAUGUUUGUUUCCAAAGCAGCCAAAAGAGCGCGCAGUGGGGAAGAGGAAGAAAUACAAAGAAGAAAAGCAAUACGUGAGCACCAGCAGCUUGCUGCACACAUGGAAAAGUGCCCAUACUGCUUUGAUAGCAGUGAACUUUCUAAACAUCUUAUUAUUGCAAUUGGCACCAAGGUUUACUUGUCUCUACCAAGGAACGAGUCCCUUACUGAAGGUCACUGCCUGAUAGCCCCUCUACAGCACCAUACUGCAGCCACUCUUUUGGAUGAAGACAUCUGGGAAGAAAUCCAGAUGUUUCGAAAUGCAUUGGUGAAAAUGUUUGAAGCUAAAGACUUGGACUGUGUGUUCCUAGAAACAAACAUGAGUACGAAGAAACGGUAUCACAUGGUAUAUGAAUGCAUUCCUCUUCCAAAAGAAGUAGGGGAUAUGGCUCCAAUCUACUUUAAGAAAGCUAUAAUGGAGUCUGAUGAAGAGUGGUCCAUGAACAAGAAGUUAAUUGAUCUUUCUUCAAAAGAUGUUCGGAAAUCUGUUCCUAAAGGAUUACCAUACUUUUCUGUGGACUUUGGCCUUCAAGGAGGAUUUGCUCAUGUCAUUGAAGAUCAGCACAAGUUCCCUCAUUACUUUGGAAAGGAAAUUAUUGGUGGCAUGCUGGACCUGGAACCACAGCUCUGGAGAAGAGGAAUCAGACAGAACUUUGAGGGUCAGAGGAAGAAGGUGUUGCAGUUUGCACAGUGGUGGAAACCAUAUGACUUUACAAAAAAGAAAGAAUGAGUACAUCCCUGCAGUCAAGGACUAUAUAAGCCAUAAAUUAUAUUAAAGGGUAUUUCAUAUGUUAAGAAUAACACCAGUGUGUUAUGUAUUGCUAAUCUAUUUUAAAACCAAGGAUAUUGUUUAUUUGCUGGUUACCUGUUUCUGGCUUGGACACUGUGGAUCACCUGAACCUGCGAGCCUGACAAACCAGAAGUGUACAGUGGUUUUAGUUUUUCAUGUUUUAGAUGAGCCAAAAGGACAAUAUCCAUGUGGCCAUUGGAGUUCUUCAAAAUGUACCUUCUGCUUUUGGAAGUUUUUAUGAUCUUUGAGGCAACUGAUAUUUUUAUUACUGUAUUUAGCAUAGAGCCAGUGCUUAAUUGCCGUGGUGACUUUUUGUAGAAAAUGGUGUACGUUUUAAGAACAUUUGAUUAACACAAAUACAUUGUUGCAGAAGGUAACUGUAUGGAAAAUAAUUUUCUGAUUUUGAGUCCUUGUGUUCUUUAAGUUGAGUCAUUGCAGUAACACAAACAUUCACAUAGGUUGUGAUUGAUAAACCUGCUGUUUCCUCCCUGCACAAGAAUGAAUGCAAUUUUUUGUGCGUUUUGUACCUACUUCUUUCAAUAUGAAGUAGUCUUCCAGCUGACCUGUUGCACAAAGGAUGGUGAGACAAACCAUAGCUGAUGCCAAGUGACAGCUUUAAUGGUAACAGUUGCUUUUGAUGACAACAGGAAAAAAAAAAGAGAGAGAGAGAGGAGGGUGGAAGAACAUUAAGGGAAAACACUUUGUGGUGGCCAGCAAAGAAGAAAAUCAUCGGAGAUCUCCCCAGGUGAUCUCCCCUGGGCAUCACCUCUAGUGUGGCAGGCGGUCCACCAUAAUACUUUUCCCAUAAUAACUGUAUAUAGUUUUCACUGGGACCUGCUCAAACUCCCUGCUGGUUGUUCCUGCUUGGUAUGCUGUUAGUGUUGGUUGGCACACGCUGAUCAGAGGUAAGAGUUGCAUCUUGAUAUUUGAGCUUUGUGUGUGGAUGUCACUGGGAAAUGCCUGUGGGCUUACUGUCUUCAGUGUUACUCACUAGGCUUUUGUUUUUUCUUUUGUGUAAAAUUUACAAAAUGGGGGUAGGAAAGCGUGAAGAGGGGGGAAAAAGGAUGAUUCUUGCAUUACUGUCAAUCACUUUCCAUGGGAAACCUGACAUAGCAGGCUCGGGCUUCGUGGGUGCAGAGCUGGGAGAUCAGGACAAGGAGAGAAGGACACUGAUGAAAACAUUGCCAUAUAAUCCUCCCGGUGCGUAAGGCAAAGGGUGCAGACUGGCAAAAAAAAAAGACUGCAGUGCUACAGAGAAAGGCUCCAAAUAGCAAGUGGAAGGCCCUUAGCACAGGAGAGGUUAAGGCAUUGUGUAGGUCUCUCAACAAGCUUCCUGUUCUUUGUGGAACCAUUGCCCUGUACAGCUCCGCUAACUGUUGUGAACCGCUCAGAUUAAAAAAUGGAUCACUAAAUAUUACAGGGUUGAAUAAGUGUUCUAUAAGGUGGUCUUCUGCAACUUUUCUGAAGAGCUAGUACUUUUUUUUUCUCCCCCUACCCCAUUUUGUCAAAUAAGUCUGGUAGAGAUAGAAAUCUACCGUGCUGUGAAUUGUUUUCUGUAGGAUCUUUGUAAAUGUGUCACUGCAAGAGAAAUAACUUAAAAAUAAGAUGUCGUGGUAAUUUUAGUGAUUUUAUGUUUUUCACCAGCAAGCCAUGGAUAAAAGGGCCAGUUCUACUGUUCUCCAAUAAGUUUUGAUCUUCCUUAGGCAGCUGGGGAGAUUACAGAGCAAAUAGGACAUGAAAUAGUAGCUGCUAGUAGUUGCUUAGAAUGUGAUGAUGCUGAAGCAAAUUUAGGUAAGUGCAGUGUUUGAUAGUGUAAAGCGUGACUAAAAUUGUUUUCUUGGAAAGUGUAUGUUGCCUCCAGUCUCAGCUUUCCCCCUGGAUGAUAGCUGGGAAGUGGCAGAGGUGACUGUCUUUAAAGUCCACAGAAAAGUCUUUAUCCAAUGCUGUGCUAGAAGUGCAAUUUUUCUAAAUAGUAUCACUUCUCUCAAAAUUCGUGUUUCUCAAGGGAAGCACUGUGUUUCACAAAACCUAUCUAACUUUUACAUAGAAAAGGCCUCUGACUCAUGAUCUGUACAUACUGUAUUAUUCUGGUUUCAGCAAAACCUGUGAUAUUCUUUGGACCAGAAAGGACUCUGAAAUGCAAAGUAAGAGUAACAAUCUCAAGCUGGUGAUAAAGGAAAAUGUGUCUGUGUCUUACUCUAUUAGAAGUUUUCAGAAUGGGAGAUUCUGCUUACCACAUACACUGAGAAUAGUAUCUUACUCUAGCUGGCCACAGACCAGACACGUAUAUCUUCAGGUUAAGCUGUUCCUCUUCAUAAAUACUUCUAAAUAUUCAUGAGGUCACAAGAUUGAACACAGCUUGUUAGGGCACUUACACUGAAGGGAUGGUAUGCUUAGACUUCAGUCCUUACUCUUAUAAAUAUUAAAAUACUUUAAAUAGACCUUCAUCCAGAAGACUGCCCAAUACCUAAAUUCUUUGGCAGUAAGAGGUGGAAAAUGUAAAUUCAGGUGCCUUUAGGAAGAAUAGGGAUCAAAAGCUGCAUUUCUUACAUUGCUGUAAAUGUGUUCCUACGUACUCUUUCGUAUACCCAGGAAGGAAAAGGGACUUCUCUCCAAGUGAAUCCAAGUGUGUGAUUUAACAGGUGUUAGAAUAUAUCCAUGUCCUGCCCAAGAUUCUUACAUGUAAUAUGUGUUGCUACUCUUCUGCUCGCUGCCUGGCAUAAAAUGCAGUGUUUCCCUGCUAUCAAGUCAGCUUUUCCCAGCUUGGAGUACUCCCCUCCGUUGUGUUUCCUUGCUAUGCUGAAGAAAUUGUGUCCUCUUGCCUGCAUUCCAGGUCUUUCAGCAGUUCCAGGGAACGUGUGCUGCACCAGCUGCUCGAUCAGGCCCUGGGUGAGGGCUGAGCAGGAGCUCGCGCUGCAGAGCUUUCUAUUCAAUUAUGUUUGUCACUAGGUUCUCUGGAGAGAACCAGGAUGGAUGCUGUAGGCAAACAGAUCAUCUGCCUGGGGCCUUGGUACCUUGAAGAUUCCCAGACUGGGUCUGUCUUGGGGCAAAUGAGCUAAACAGGCUCCUGUAAGAUGUCUCACUUUAUUCUUUGCUUUUUCUCAGCCUGUACUACUCAACCUGAUAUUCCCCAGGCCCAUGCGGUUGCUGUAGAAAAACUGCCUGAAGCACGAGGUGGUUGUCUUCCCGUUAAGGGCCUGCAUUUUGAGGUUGUUCCUUUUGCUCAAUUUGAAGGAAAACACCAUGAAUUUUUACUAUACCAUUAGCUACAAAAUGUGCAAAAGCUGCCGUGGUAUCGUUAUGCUUACCAUCAGCAGUGGAUCACUGAUGUCAAGGUGAUUGCCUGAAGUCAUCUGUUGAUGUAAACUGAGGUAAUGUAAAAUGAGGCUGAUGUAAGCUGAGAUGACCUCAGCUAAAAUGGAAAGCAAGGCUUUCUGUUAAUUGCUGGUGUUGCUUCCAGAUAUGUAGUUUUCAUCUAUGUGCAUGUUCCACUUGCUUUUCCCUUCUUUUGUGUUUUCCUUUGGAGUAAGACUGCGGGAUGUUGCAUUUAGUGCAGUUUGGGUGUGAUUUUGCUUUGUACUUGUUAAAAUACCUGGAAGAGAACAGUUUGGUUUUUUGUUGCUUUUCUAGAAAAUCAGUAUAGCAACACUCAAUCUUAGCUCUAUUUGGGCUGAUUUUUUUCUCAGUAGGUUCAUGAAUCCAAACAGUAAGUUAUUCCCAAAGUCAUAAAUGAAAUGUGAUUUAGUGGGAUUUUACAUACUGAGUUCAACCAACUUGUUUUAAAUUUCAUAUGAGUUCUGAUUAGAAAAUAACAUGUUAAAAUUAAUAGUAACUGUGAUGGCAAGAGAUCACAAAUCUCCUGCAGUCUAUGAAAGAUGAAACAUUUUGAUGGGUCCCUUAAGGGUUCUGUCUGCGGUCAAAAUUUCUUCAGUAUUUCCUGUCUUCUGCAUCUGUAUUUUUAUCAUUAAAGCAUGUUUUCUCUUUCUAAUUCCAGCUGGGCUGCUAGGUGAAAAGAUGUGGCGACACAGGCUGCUAUGCUCUUGCUUUAAGUGUAGCUGUUUUGGAAAUAAGAUCCUUAAUACCUAGUUGGAAGUGCCAUUUUUAGCCCUCACAAAUCAAGACAAUCUAAUUCAGUAUGAAGGAACUGACUUUAGAAAUCCAGGCUUGCUAACAUUAUAAUUCUCAUGCGCAUAUUGAUGUAGCUGUGUGGUAACAUUACUUUUCUAGAUGCUGCAUUUGUGUCGUUAAAAGUGAAAAGGAAGGGUAAUAGGCUGCCUUCAGGAAAGUCAUGCUGCUACACCCUUUACAGGGAAGCUGGUGUAACUUUUACCUCCCAAGUUAAGAACCAUUGGAAGUUGGUUAUAAAAGAAUAUUUAAGCUAUCCUUGGGUCCUAGAUUUCAAAGCUAAUAAUACAAUUCCAGGAUUGUUCUAGGGAAAUCUUUGGAAGAGAAUUGUCCGUCAUUGCAGAAGUUGAUGAUUUUGGAGUUCUAAACACUGUAUCAACUUGGUGAUCUAUCUCACACAACUGACCUGCUACCUCUGUUUAUUCUGAUACUUAUCAUAAAAGUGUCUGUGAAGUACUAGAACAAUAUUUUAAAAGGACAGCAUCAUUGCAGGACAUCUUUAACUAAAACAAGCAUUGCUACCCUCCCAGGUGUGGCCUAAGCACUGUACACAGAGAGCCCAGAGGCACAUCAUACAACAUAAAAUGAGUUUUGGUUAUGUUAGAGGAAGCAUAGUCUGAGCUCUUGACACGUGGGUAGGUGCAAAAAGUUCAUUCCCCAGUGCACAAGCUGCAUGUGCCUUUGUACGUGUGGUCUGAGGGCAGCUGCUGGCCUGACAUGGCUCUGAUGAACUUGCUUUAACUUCUUUCUUGGAACUGAAAAAUCCAUCAAUUAAUUCUUUCUAAAUUUUUAGCUUUUGUAAAGCAAGUACCCUAGAGCAUACAUGCAGUAAAAAUGAAUUUAGCGGAAAACACAAGCAUAAUUAACCUUUUAGAGUAAAGUUGAAGGCAUUCUUCAUGGACCAGUGUCCUUCUGGGAAGUAUUUUUCUUCAAUAUUUUCUGGUUUGAUUUCUGGUCAUUGAUGUACAACUACUGGCCGCACGUCGAUUUGGAAUGAUAGGUAUGUACACUUUGGUCUUGAGACAAGGUGAGAUGACUUUGUAAGUCUCUUACCUCUUUCCGCUGAUAUUUUAUGUGAAAAUGGCUUGGAGCAGCACUUUUAAGACAAGAUAUGAACAGCUAACAGAGCUGACAUUUAUUUAACGUGGUGUAAAUACACAGUUAUCACUGUACGGCUUCUCCAUUGCUGUUGUCACAGGUUUGCAAGGCUUCAUUUGGGGAUGCCAAGUGUUCUCUCAUGUCUCUAGCUGCUUUUUAAAGCCAUCUCCAGGUGUGUGCUUUGUAGUUGUUGGAAAGCAUUACAGCUCUUCCAGCUCUUCCAACAUUCUCCCUUUUAGUGCAGAACAGCUCUUUGAAUGUUUGAUCCUGGUUCAGUAGGUCCAAGAACUUGCCUGUGAGGUGGAAGAAGACAACUGACAGUAACAGUGUCUUCAUAGAUGAUGGCAUCUUCAACUGGAACCAAGUAUGUAGGCUCUUAGUUUAGAGUUAACAUGGGCAAAUUCAGUCAGAGAUGACGACCUUGUGCUUUUUCAGUCCUUUUCUUUCCUGGCUGCUAUUGCAGGACUUAGGUUUUCAUUGUUUUAAUCCAGGCUGCUCUUUCAUUGGGUAGAUUGUCUUAGUGAUAUCUGCUAAGACAGAAAAUAUUUGCUAGGACCGGCAGGUUUAGCCAGUGAGCCAAUAAGAGUGAUCAGUCUGUACUAAAAUAUUGGGUCUUUGCCUGAAUCACCAUCUCUCAUGGUUGACACUGAGCAUUUGCUACUAUUACCUAGUAAAAAAGGUACAAACCCUGGCAUGCCCACUGUUUUUAGAGUGGUAUCAGCAUUCCGGUUCUCCAUGUGACUGUGUGUAUUAGGAUGUGUGUUGAUUACAUUUAGGGAACAGCUGCUGAGACUUAAUAUGAUUUCACUAGUCUUACACUGGGCUUUACAUCAUUAAAAAUGUCAGAGUAUGUCCCUUAUCAAGCGGAGGAGGUAGUUUGAAUUUAAUUUAAAAAAAAAUUAAUAAUAAUUAAAAAAAAAAAAAACAAUAAAAAACCAGAAAGGAAUUACAACUUUACUUGUUUAUGUACUUAUUCUGCUAACACUGGAUUUAGUAUUAAGUAAACCUUAAGCCUUUCAUAAGUGGUUUUUGGCAUCCAUAGAAUUGGAGGAGGAGGAGAGGAAAUAAUUUUUAUUUAGUUGUUCCCAAGACAAGAUCAGGUAUAUUAGUGGUAUUACGAGAUCAGUUUUCUAUGAAGACCUCUGAGGAGGGAAAAUCCACAGCCUUCCUGAACAACCUUUUCCAGUAUUCACUCUUUUCAGCAUGAAAUGUUUUUCUUCUUACUCUUUAAUCUGAAUUGUCCACAAUUCAGGUCCAGUAUUUAUUGUCUUGUCUGUUAUGGAACUGUGAAAUGUUACUUCAUUCUUCGGAGGUUCCUUUUACAUGUUUGAAUACUGCAAUUAAGUUGUCUUUCUGCAUUGUAGUCUUCAGAUUAAACUGUGCAUAUUGUUUCAGUGUU